AUGGCUACUUCAGUUGACAACCGUCAGUAUCGUGGCCUAAACAGCGUCGUUCGCACCUUCAAUCCCAACAACAACUUCAUCCAUGAACUGAAACUGGGAUUUCCGGUAAACUUAGAUCCCUUCAGCAGUGACGACGAAGACGACGACGAUAACACAUUAAACCUCCAAGAACUCAUACGAAAAACCAACACGGAAGUCGAACCGUCAAUUCUCGACCCACGGGACGAGGGAACCUUAGACAACUGGGUCACACGAAACGCUUCCAUGGUUCGACUCGCAGGGAAACACCCCUUCAAUUCAGAAGCACCACUCCCUCGUCUCAUGCACCACGGUUCAUCACUCAGGUUCCAAUCCACUAUGUUCGAAACCAUGACGCCGUCCCGAAAGCAAGAUGGGAGGAUGUUAUAA